AUGUCGCAAAGUCCAGACAGUUACCUCACCCGAACCAUCCACGACCUCCUUUCUCUAAAGGGAAAGACGGUCGUUGUUACAGGUGGUGGUCGUGGCCUUGGAUUGUCUUUCGCGUUUGCGAUCGCCGAAGCCGGUGGCAAUGUGGCCAUUAUCGAUUACAUUGACACACCCCACGAGCAUUACUAUAAGUUAGAAAAAGACUACGGGGUUAAAGUGAAGCUUUACAAGAGUGAUGUUACAAACUUUGAUGUUCUCAAAGCGAGCUUCGAUGAAAUUGUGAAGGACUUUGGUGGCAUUCAUGGCUUGGUCACCGCAGCUGGAAUUUGUGUCGAUCAGCCAUUCUUAGAGCGAGCACCAGAGUCUGUCAGCCGAUCUUUCAAUGUGAAUGUUCUCGGCACAUUCUAUGCUGCACAGCUUGCAGCAGCGCAGAUGGACAAGCAGGAUCCCUCUCCCCACUCCGGUUGCAAGGGAUCCAUUGUUUUUAUCGCAUCAAUUGCAGCAUAUGUUGCCAGUAAGGGACAAGCCACGAGUGACUACUGCUCUAGUAAGGGUGCUGUUGUAGCCUUGGCAAAGUCCUUAGGUGUUGAGCUUGCGGCGAAAAAUAUUCGAGUGAACAGUGUAUCACCCGGUUAUAUGGCCACGGACAUGACUCUGGACCAGUGUCGUCGUUUCCCAGUCCUAGGAGAAAUCAUGAGCAACGAGCCUCCUAUGCGCCGAAUGGGUGAUCGGACGGACCUUAAGGUGCCUAUUGUAUACCUCCUUUCUGACGCAAGUGCUUAUCAUACAUCUGACGAUCUCUUGAUUACUGGUGGUAUCCAUGCCGGACGUUUGCUGUAA